AUGAAGUCUUUCAUCUCUCUCAGCGUGCUUAUGGCAGCUGCCUCCCUUGUUUCUGCAGUACCUGUCUUGAAUGCCAGAGAUUCAUGCCCUAUCAAUGCCUUGUCAUGCAGCACUACUACUGCCGACACUUGCUGCUCACCAAAGUACGGUCUUGUCUUGCUUGUACAGCAGUGGGUUAAAAACUAUGGCCCUGCGGAUGCUUUCACUCUUCACGGUCUCUGGCCCGAUACCUGCUCUGGUGGUCAGACCGGAAGCUCUGGAUGCGACUCUACUCGCACUUAUGCCAAUGUCGGUACCAUUCUUAAGUCUGGAAACCCCACUCUUUACAGCAGCAUGAAUACUUACUGGCCAUCCUACAAUGAUGACAAUAACGUUUUCUGGACACACGAGUGGGGCAAGCACGGUACUUGCGUCACAACAUUGGAUCCCGCUUGCUUCGGAACCGAGUACACCAAGUACGAUGAUAUGUAUGGAUAUUUCGACAAGGUCUUGAGUCUUCGCCAGGAGUAUGAUCUCUACAAGAUCUUUUCCGAUGCAGGAAUUACCCCCGGUGGAAGCUACAACGCCACUGCAAUGGUAGCAGCCAUUGAGAAUGCUCUCGGUGUAUCCGCCAAGCUUACUUGCUCCAGUGGAACUCUUAGUGAAAUCUGGCUGUACUUCUAUGUCAAAGGAACCAGUGAUUACAUCCUCACCGACUCCAUUGCUUCAAACACCUGCUCUGGAACCGUCAAAUACCCCGCGAAGUACUAA